AUGUCUGGACUCACCACAUCUCCUCCGGGGUCAAUUCCUGCCUCUCCCUCCAGCGUCAACCAGGUCUCUCGGUCAUCUCGACCAGCCCUCACGCUUGAUCUCUCCAAUCUUCCAACAAUGUCUCAACCAACCAAGCCAACAAAUACCCUCAUCAUCACCGAACUGAGCAACAUUCUUAUCUUCCAACCCGCCUCCCUCGCCACUCUCCGCGCACAACUUGAGUCCAUCGCGCCCCUGAACUCAUUCUCUCCACUCCCCUCUCUCCGCCGCCUCAUCUGUUCUUUUUACACAGAAGAAGACGCCCUUAGUGUCCGGAAACUCCUUGACGGCCAACUCCUCGAGCACAACGUCCGCCCGAGAGUUUACUUCGGCGAACCCACCCCAAUCCUAGACGAGGAAUCCCGCCGCCCAAAGCUCCUGGAAGCCCCCCAUGCCGACAAGCUCUUCUUCAUCAGCCCGCCACCCAGCCCCCCGCACGGAUGGGUCAUGCGCAACGAGGAACCCCCGAACAAGGAGGUGCACGCCAGUGAUCUCGCCACCGCCUUGGCCAAGUUGAAGACCGAGCAAUCCGGUGUCUACGAGGGUAUCAGCCAGACCUGUGAACCCGGUACUCCGAUGUCUAUGACCUCCGAUAAGCGCACGGGGAGCUGGCCCGCCUCUAUGUCCGGACAGCGCAGCAGAAGCAGCACCCUUAUCUACCACCCUGAAGACCACGGCGGAAGCCCUAACCUGCCUGCUGUUAUGGUCGAAGAUACGAGUAUCAUGGUGGACGAUUUGGAAAUGGAUAUGAGUCCCAUUGAGAUGCCGAUCCGGAAGGCCCCGCCCAAGACCUCUCGGCCUCCUGUUGAAUUGAUGUGUUGA